CUGCCGGGGAGGGGCCGGCGCCGCCGCAACAAAAUGAGCCUGCUGUCGGCCAUCGACACGAGUGCCUCGGUGUACCAGCCGGCCCAGCUGCUCAACUGGGUCUACCUGUCGCUGCAGGACACACACCAGGCGAGCGCCUUCGACGCUUUCCGGCCCGAGCCGCCCACCGGCGCUGCGCCUCCAGAACUGGCCUUCGGCAAGGGCCGCCCAGAGCAGCUGGGCUCGCCCCUGCACUCCAGCUAUCUCAACAGCUUCUUCCAGCUGCAGCGCGGAGAGGCACUGAGCAGCAGCGUGUACAAGAGCGCCUCGCCCUAUGGCUCCCUCAACAACAUCGCCGACGGCCUCAGCUCCCUCACCGAACACUUCUCUGACCUGACCCUCACCUCCGAGACACGAAAGCCCAGCAAGCGGCCCCCGCCCAACUACCUGUGUCACCUGUGCUUCAACAAAGGACACUACAUCAAGGACUGCCCCCAGGCACGCCCCAAAGGCGAGGGUCUGACCCCAUAUCAGGGCAAAAAGCGCUGCUUCGGCGAGUACAAGUGUCCCAAGUGCAAAAGAAAAUGGAUGAGCGGGAACUCCUGGGCCAACAUGGGGCAGGAGUGCAUCAAGUGUCACAUCAACGUGUACCCGCACAAGCAGAGACCCCUGGAGAAGCCCGAUGGCCUGGACGUGUCCGACCAGAGCAAGGAGCACCCCCAGCACCUGUGCGAGAAGUGCAAAGUGCUAGGGUACUACUGCCGGCGAGUGCAGUGACCGGCCUGCUCCGUGCCACCUCCUGCCAGCCAGAGGGGACCCACCUCCCCGGGUUCAUCCACGUCGCUGCAUGUCCCCGUGUGUGGGGUGUCUUCACAGGCAUGCAGGUCUGGACAGGGGUCUUAGGUUCUUGUCUCAUGUGUGUUGACAAACAGUAUUACUGACCAGCUGCCCCGCAGAAAGCCCAGGUCUCUGGGACUCUCUACAGGUGGGCCUGGGUCCGUGGGGGGGAUGGGGGCGAGCAGAGGUCGAUGCACAGGAUCCCACAAAGCCUUGGGGUCCCUUGCAGGCUCACCUCCUCUAAGACUCCCUUUGGUGAGCAGCCUUGCAUUGGCCACAAGUGCACGAAAUGUACUGUGAAUUCCAAAGCCCGUAGGGGUUGUCUCCCCGAGACAGCCAGGCCGCUGCCCCCUCCCCAGAGCCUCCCCAUCCUCUCCAUGUGCAGAGCCCCCCUCAGAAAGCCCUGUUUUUCUUUCCUGGUUAAGUCCCAGUCAUGGCGAGCUGGCACCUGUUCUAGCAGCUGCUGGAGUGGCCUCUCUGCCCCUGGCCCACUUUGAGCCCCAAACGUGACUGCCUCUGACGUCAGUGGUAUUGCACCAGGUUCGGCAUUUCCCUCCUCAAAGACCCAGAGGUCAGGGGCGGGGAGGCAGAGGAUGUUGGACAGUCUCCCAAGGUGUGACCUGAGCACAUCAGGCAUCGCCUCCCUCACCACCACCGCAUGCUGUCCCCACUUGCUUGGAUUUGUCAGCCCUGUGUCCUCCCCUUCUCCCUCACCGCCCAUCCAAGGUCCAUCCCCGGUCGCAUCUGUAGGGCCCAUGUGGAAGCCACUCUGGCAGGAAGGACACAGGCCUGGUGGGCUGGAGACCUAGGUUCCUAUGUUGCCCUGCCGGUGACAAACUACAGAACUUGGGGAGGACUCUCGUUUCAGGCUUCAGUUUCCCCUCUAGUGAAGUGAGGGUGGCACUGGAGAGGAGAGAGCCCCUGUCGAUUCUGAUGUGGAGCUCAGCCCGGCUGGGUGCAUCUCCUGGCGCACAGGGCUUCACUGGAGCUUCCCCAGGUCCGAAUCCCACUCUACCAACCGCCAGUGGGCAGAUGAUGCCAGUUAUCCCCGCCCCCUGCAGUCCCACCCCUGCAAAAGUGAAGAAGGAUCCCCUCCACCUCACAUGGGGCAACCCCAGUACACGCAGCAGAACCUCUCAUUAGUGAACUGGGGACAACACUGCCCUACCUCCCAAGGGAGCAGGGUGGCCUGGGCUCCUCACAUGGUCAAGGACUCUGUCCUGGCAGGUGGGGGGUCACGUCCCCUCUCCCCUGUUCCCUGGGAGGAGGGCUGUCUGUGUGGUCGGCCCAUCCUUCCUUCCUCCCAGGGCAGGGAGAGACUGGUCGGAGGACUGAGUCACUUGAUUUUGCCCCAACGUUAUGCCUCUGUGGAAAAAAUCAGACCACGAAGUGGGCCUGAAAUUCAGUGUUUACCACGGCUCGAGGACACCCAGUGGUGUCCGGUGCCUUUUGUUUUCAAAUGAAAAUGUUUGUACAACUGAGGACUUAGAGUGAAGUGUUAACCAGGGGUCUGGGGAGCGAGUCGAGAGAGAGAGUGAGUGUCCUGGAGGCUGGGGGCUCAGUAGAUUUGGGGGGUCAUACCCUCUGAGCACUUAAAAACAGGGUAUUUGCUCUACCUGAGCCGGAGUGCUCCGCCCUCCUGCCCACAGUGGCGGUGCCUGGCAGCGAAGCGAACACCCUCCCACCUACUGGGAACGCCGCGAGGCGCCCUCGCCAGCGUUUCCUGCUGUCUCCACCACGUCAAGGUGAGCUGGAGUCGGCCCGGCUGAAGGCCCUCUGUCCCUGCAGAGAAGCUGUCCAUGUCAGUCAUGCUGCGCAAGGCUAAAGAUAAUGUUUGCAGUGGUGGGCAGCGUGCUUUUCUCGGCUGCCAGGCCAGGCCUCAGCCCUUCCAGGGACCUGGUCCCACAGUGGGAGGUGGGCCCAGGAUGCCUGGGGCCUGCCAACUAGGCUGCGAUGGUGGGGGAAGCCCAUACCCUGCAAGCACCUAGGCUCCAGGCUGCUGGAGGCCAGGGCCUUCUGCAGGCCAACAGGAGAUGGGUUAUCAGCCCAAAGUGACCUUUCAGUGGGCUUGUCCAGCUGGCAGCCAUCGUCCAUGCCAUCUGUGCAGAGCUGGCCACCGUGGGGGCUGGGCCCUCUGCCUGAGGCAGCCCCUCUGCACUACGCCUCCUGGACUGCCCUGGCUGAAUUGGGAGCUCGCUGUGGUCAGCAGAAGCCACUGAUGUCCAGGCUGCUGUGCGAGUAAGUGCUCAGAGGGCCCGAGAGCCCGGAUGAGGGCGUGUGUGGCUGUAGUGUGUUCAAAAGGACAAUCGCUUGCAGUUGAUGGGUCUGGUGAUCUAGCUGGGAGAUAACAGUGUUUACCCCAUUUGAAGUAUUCGAUAGUUCUACUUGUGAAUUUGUAUUUAUUUUGAGUUAUACUUGACACAGAAUUCUUUUUUUUUUUUUUUAAGAAAAAUACUGUUUGUGUAUUUUGGAAAAAGAAUCCUAGAUGUUAAAAUUUCUGCAUGGUUACCAGUUAUUCUCACGACACUGAAUUUGUUACCCUCUCUUGAAAAAUAUUCACAGUGGUUUUUAUCUGUAUAUAUUUGAAGGCCUUUUUAAAAAAAGAAAAGAAAAAAGAAAAAAUAUAAUUGAUUUUUGAGAUUAAAAACAAACAAAUAGAGGCAUUUUCAAAACUUUAGAGCUUUUUGGGAGGGCAAUAGAAUAUCAAACGAAAAUUUCUGGAAGUAUUUUGUAGACCUCCUUGGUGAGCUACAAGAAAAUAUUUAUGGGUUUUUGUUUUUUUUGGUUUGAUUUUUUUUUUUUUUACUCUACUUUGGUCUGUAAAAAGUAUGCAACUGAACUACAUUAAGAAGGAAAUAUUGUCUACAUAGAAUAUUAUAUGAAGUUGGUACAUAAUUCUGAUGAGGAAAAAAAAACACCUUUGCAUUUAAGCCAUAUUGUUGCUAUUCUGUGUUGUUUUCUUGGAUGAAGAUAUCAGUAUUGAGUAGCCAGCAUAUUAUUCAAGUGCUUAGACUUAUUAAUAUGUUUCUGUCCUGUAUUUAUACAUAUGUGUAUUUGGAAAGUAUUGCCUUUUUUAAGGGAAACUAUCACUAGGUAUGUAGUAAAAAGAGAAUGGUGACUCCUUUGAGCCUCUUCGGCUGAGGAUAACACAGCAUUGUAAUCCAUUCUCUCGCACCUUCGUAUUAUUAUUGUGUUAUUAUGGUUAUUACUUUUGUAGGGGGCAAGGAGAUGGGCCAGGGGAAGAAGGGGCAUGUGACUAGCCCCUCUGUGGCCAGCCAGCUCGUUGGCCUGGGGAAGGGGUCCUGAUCCCAGGGCCCCGGGGGGGAGCACAGAAGAAAGGCGGUCUUCACGGCCCUCUGGGUCUGCCAUCUGAGCCAUGCUCGGGGCCCCGGGCUCUUUGAAGUAGGGUUUGUCAACCAGAGCCCUCACCUGCCACCAGCAUCUAAUAGACUUGAAUCUAUUCUAAAUUAAUAUUUAACCCAACAUCACUACAUUGUAGCCAGUGCAACAACUACCCCUGAAGUGUGGGAGGCGUUCCCAGGGGCUGGUGGCAGCAGGCUCGUUGCUCUCUGCUGCCAACCUCACCGUCUGACCUCUCCCACUCCCGUGGGGUGACCUGUCCGUGUCUGUAUCUGUUAAUGCUUGUGUGUCCAGCUAAAAAGACAAACAACCCGGGGGCCCAGCUUGGAGGGUGAUGGAAAGGCUCCUGGCCUCUCCAAAGGUUGCCCUGGGAUGGCAUUCCGUUGUGUGCCUUAUUCCUGGAGAAUCUGUAUACGGCUUGCCUAUAGAAACAUAGUCUUUUCAUGCUGUA